ACGACAACGAGCGCGCUUCUCCUCCUCUUCGGAUUCGUUGCAAACGGCGUACGCGUGCACGGGCGCGGCUUUGCGUCUCGAGCUGGCGUUUUACGGGAUAAAAUGUCCUCCCUCGAUUAUCUGGACUUGUGUCGGCUGUGUCUCGUGAAGGAUCGCGUCUCCGUGCCGAUUUUCGAAGGCGAGGGCGACGUGCGGCAGAUCUUUCUGAAGAUCACCGCCUGUUUGCCGGUCAAGGUUGCCAGAGAAGACAAAUUACCCAAGAAGAUAUGUGACGACUGUGUGUAUAAAGUAGAAUUAAUUUAUCAAUUUUGGCAUACGACAGCAAACGCAGAAAAACAAUUACUACAAUGGCUAGGCGAGGUAAACAUGGAAGACAAACAGAGUUACGUAGGCACUGUUCUCAAUCCGAAUGGAAUGAAACCAGAACAGAGCAGCGAGAACAGGUUAGAUGGUACUGUGAUGCAACAAGUAGGUGAACAUCAGAACAAUAUGACUAUGGGUAUGAUGGACAAUAUGGGCUUGACUAUGCCUAUGAUGAUGUCGAGCAAUACCCAACAACAAAUAACCUCAGUUCCUAUAGACAACAGUGGUAGCUCUGUACAAAAUGUCCAACCAGUAGCUGGACCAAGUACACAAACGUCACAUGACCAAAUUACGCAAGAUCAAACAAACGCAUCCACACAGCAAGAAGAAGAGGAGGAGAGUAGUGAAGAAGAAGAAAACUCGGAUGAUGAAUGUGAUGGAGAUGAAGGCCUACCUAUAAAAGAAGAAAGUGAAGAAGAUCCUAAUAAUAGAACUCUUGAGCCUACAACAUUUGUCAAUGUCUCUCUAGCGUGCGAUGAAGCAGGGCCUUCUGGACUUCAACAACAAAAGAUUGCCGAUAUGCCUGAGAUGGUAAUGUCACAGACAUCAGACGUGGAUCCGAAAACUGGAGAACAAAACUGCAGCAAGAAGAUCUUGCAGACGGACUCUUGCGGUUGUUUUAUUGUCGGAAAAGAUUCGAUACCGAUGAGACUGUGGCAGCAUGCCGAUGCCGGUGGUAAAUUGCGAUAUUCAUUGAUACCAGUGUUAAACAACGUCGCUAAAGCUGAGGAAGGCGUAAGUGUAUUUGAUAUACCGCCCGAUUUGACCUCCAUUAAAAUUGAAGAGAACGAGAAUCAAUCGAACAAUCGAAGAAGUAGCAAUGUCGACAGUUGCAUAAAUUCCUCGAUACAUUUUCACGAGAUAGCCAUUAAUAAUUACAACUGCAACAAAUGCGGUGUGAAAUUCCCCAUGCAAUCCAUGCUGAAUCGCCAUAAGAUAACGCACAAUAUGCGUUCAUGGUUUCGCGAGAGAUACUCGAGAGAGAAGCACGCGCAACGUUUAAAGAUAAACUCUCGAAAACGAUGCAGCGGACAAUUAGAGGCGCGAAGAAAACGUUCAGAGGAAGCAAAGUACUUUUGCACGUUUUGCAAUUUGAGUUGUAACAGACUAGCGAUUUUAUUAGCGCACAUAAAGAGAAAACACGGGGAAGACACGACGAAUUCGAAGAAACUCGCUUGUACGAUCUGCGAUUACAAGUGUUCGAGCGAAGCGAAUCUAAAUAGACAUAUGUCUAAGCAUAAAAGCAAAAAUACGACGAGUUUUGCUUGCAACAUGUGUGACUUCGAAUGUAAAAGGAGCACUACUCUAGCGUCGCACUUGACGCGGAAUCAUAAGAGAUCUAAGAAAAACUCGAGCGCGUCUCCCCCAAAGAGACGUAGAAUAACAAAGUACAACGCGUCUUCUGAUAAAUCUUGCUUGCGAAACAGUCGGGAAACAACCAAGAAGGCAGCGUUAAUCCCAUACGAAGAUUCCAAUCUGAUGAUUAAGGAAGAAAUUUGCAUCGAAGAAGAUUUCAACGAAAAGGGAAUUGCCGCUGAAGAAAUCCUGAAGAAAUCCAGCCAGAAGAAUAUUGGCGAACGCUGCGAUCUCUGCGAUUUUACGUGCGCAAAGAAAAGCACGUUAUACUCGCAUAAACGUCGCCACAAGCUGGAGGACAUCGGCGAGGUAUACGCGUGCAACGAAUGCGGCUUCAAGACCAGCAAGAAAUCAUCGUUGUACUCUCACAUAAAGCGGAAGCACAAGGAGCCGCGAAGUACCUGCGACGCGCAGCCGGAACUCUUCUAUUGCAGCCAGUGCGACUACAAGAACAAGAACAAAUAUGAGCUGAAAAUACAUGUCGCGCGUAAGCAUUCGGACGAUUUCAAAUUCUCGUGUGAAACAUGCGGCAAGAAGUUCAAGGUCAAGGGCGAUCUCACGAAUCACAUACGUUUUAGCCAUCGAGAACAGCCGGUAAUCUGCGACGUUUGUGGCAAGACCUGCCUCAACAGCAACUCCCUAUACGUGCAUCAGAAGUUCGCGCACUACAAGGCCAAGUACGAGUGUCAGAUAUGCAAGAGGCGAAUGGUCAGUCAGGAGAAUCUCGACGAGCAUAUGCUCAGACAGCACGAGCGCAGGGAGAACGUAGUGUGCGAAGAGUGCGGCAAGACAUUCUCGCGGAACAGUAGAUUGAAGGUGCACAUGAGGAUCCACACCGGGGACAAACCGUACAACUGCACCGUCUGCAACAAGUCUUUUGCUCGAAGGACCGCUCUCAAACAACAUCUGCUCAUUCAUACUGGUAUUAGGCCGUACGUGUGCGAUAUCUGCGGCAAAGCCUUCACACAGAAACCAGGACUGAUCAGCCAUAGGAAAUCGCAUCCUGGCUCUCAUCCGCCACUACCGCGUGUCCUCAUCGAUCAUAUCUUGAAUGACGUAAUGAACGCUUGACACAGUGAUCGAUCGACAUAAAGCUUACGCGAAAAAUUACGAGAGAUGAAUCGUAAUUGGAAAUGGUGACAAUAUACGUGUAAAAUAAUGUGCUUGUAUAAUAUCAAUACUUAUAUUACUGGGAAUGAGAUAUUCCUGUUGUACGAGUUUUUUUAUUAAUUCAGUGAUAUCCAGAGAGAUGCCUCCUCUCUCUCUUUCUAUGGCAAUUUAUUAUAAGACAAUUAAAAAUACAUGUUAUAUUCACACAGAGGUUUUUAUAUUGCCAUAUAAGUAUAUGAUAAUGUUAAUGUAAAUCUUAUCACGCAUAUCUUUUGAUGUUAUAAUACUCGGUAAGAAAGUUUGUUACAUCAAAUUUCUUCGAUAUAACAAAACGCU